AUUAAUUUGUCUUUUUUCAACAUAAGCAAAAUUUAAAGCAUGGUUGAUGAUCAACAAAUACAGAUGUCAGCUUGACACCCUGGUUUUCAGGUUUGAGCUCCCGAGCGCAGAAGUCCCAUCCUAUGAUGGCAACAAACACUUCCGCCAUCGUACCUGCCCAACAUUACCAGUUGGUCACAGGGGGCUGUCUCACCUCUGAGUCCUCCACCUACAAGGUGCAGUGUGUCCUGGGGCAGGGAACCUUUGGAACAGUUGUGAAAUGCACCAGGAUGGUUGACAUGAAGACUGUGGCCAUCAAAAUGAUCAGAAAUGAGGGCCGUUAUGUCCAGGAGGCAAAAAUGGAGGUGGCUGCUCUGAAGAAACUCAAAGCGCUGGACCCGGACAAAUGCAACUUCGUCCAAUGGUACCAGGUUUUUGUAGUCAGAGGACACAUCUGUCUUGAGUUCGAGCACCUCGACAAAAGUCUUGCUGAUUUCAUGAAGGAAAGGCUUUUCAGACCUCUGCUUCUUAAAGAAAUCAGACCCAUCGUCCAGCAGCUCGCCACUGCACUCGGUCACUUGAAGGCAGCUGGUAUAGCACAUGCAGACCUCAAGCUGGAGAACGUUAUGCUGGUCAACCAGCUACAGCAGCCCUUCAGAGUGAAACUCAUCGACUUCGGCCAGGCCUGUGAAGUGUCCGCCGCCAGAGUGGGCUCAUGUAUUCAGACCUGUCCAUACCGCUCUCCAGAGAUCAUUUUGGGCCUUCCAUUCUCAGAGGCCAUAGACAUGUGGUCUCUGGGCUGCAUGUCUGCCACACUGUUCACCGGCACCCUGCUUUACCCAGGGAGGAAUGGAUAUGAUACGAUGAGGUAUAUAGUGCGGACUCAGGGUCAGCCACCUGACACUGUGCUCAACCUUGGGAGGAAAACAUCACAAAUUUUCAAGAGAGGUGUCAACACCACCGGCACUCAGUGGAAACUCAAGACACCAGAACAGUUCUACAAACCGACAGAGAUUCCGUCACCCAUGUGGGUGCAGUUCACCUCUCUGGAUGACCUCCGGAAUAUCUGGAUCAUCAAUCCUGACAAUUCUGCAGAUAGCAAUGCAAAGAAGAAUGACGUGCUGAUGUUUGUGCACAUGGUCAAGAAAAUGCUUCAACUCGAUGCCACCAAAAGGAUCACACCCCAUGAGCUGCUGGGGCAUCAGUUCAUCAACAUGCGCUACAUUGCUGGCAUGUACCCCCAAAGCAACUAUGUUAAGUCCUCUCUUCACCUGAUGGACGUCAAAAGAAUUCUGAGUUUUGACCCUACAACAGCUGUGUGUGGUUCAUGGCAGCAGCCCCCAUCUAGAAGGGCCAACCCAGUCCAGUCAAAUCUUCCAUCUCAUGCUAAGUGGAGCAGCGUGGUCUGGCCCCAGUGCGCCAACCUACAUCCCCGCACCAACACAGAGGCCACAGGAUCUGAUAGGUCAGGGAUAAAGAUAAAACCAUAUGAGGAGGAUGUGGUGCCAAGAAAGAGAACCGCAGUUCCCUGUUCAGAGAACAACAGAGGGAGUUGCCGCAAACGCUCUGCAGAUCCAUCCACCGCAGGUUGGAUUAGCAGGACCCAGACUUGCGUCUCAUCACAGGUUCGAAGGAGAGGGCUCAUGGAAAACCAUGUCAAUGAUCGCUGUUGGGAGUUUGGUGGCGAGCCGUUGAGGAGGGUGUACGGCAGCACCCCCUGCACCCCCGCUUCUCGUAGCCUUGAUCCUUCUAAACCUAACCCCAUACCCAUUACAGAUGAUCAUCUAAGAAUAACAAAAAAUACUGAAAAUAUAUUAUGAAUUCAUUCAUUCAUUCAUUCAUGCAUCGUCUACCGCUUUAUCCAUCUAAGGGUCGCGGGGGGUCGCUGGAGCCAAUCCCGGCUGACAUUGGCCGAGAGGCGGGGUACACCCUGGACAGGUCGCCAGCCUAUCACAGUAUAUUAUGAAUUGUAUUUUUAAAAAUUUUUAUUGAAAGACUGCAUAAAAUUGCUUCAGUACUAAAGUCGUAAUAUGGUUUGCAUAUAAUUGCUUUCAACAGUUGCCUAAAAUCAUUUGUAAAACAGAAAUCAUCAGACAAACCAUGGUAUUUUUUCCCUCCAACUGCUUCUCUUUAAUGACAUUGUGAUUUAAUGAGAAAUCUAUGCAAAUAUCACAUAUAAAGUAGAAAUCACCUAUAAAUAUUAGGCACAUGAUCUUACUUUACAGACUAUUACCUACAUAAUAAAGUGCAGAUACUGUUAAUAAAUAAAAAAUGUAUUUUACCUAUAUUAUUUUGUAAAUGUCCAAUAUUUUGCUGCUUUAAUACAUGAUACACAUAUAUUGUUAUCAUAAUUAGUUUGUCAUUACAAUAAAAUAAUAUGUAACUAUAA